AUGAAUAACUUAGAAGGAUUCCGCAAUCAUACUAAUCUGAAAGAUAUACUUCAGGUGAAAAUAAAACCUAUGCAUAGUUAUAUCUAAAUUAAUCAGCAAAGUGAUAUCGUUAUGCCGGUCAUGAUUGAUAUCCGUACUCAAACUGAAAAGCCCCUUUCUAAUUAACAUAUUUAGAAUGAUGAUGACUUGACUAAAAGUUGUACACCUACUUCAUCUCAAGCUUCUUGUAAUAUCGAUAUUGAUAGGUAACCACUCGAUUUGAUUUUUGUUAUUGAUUUGUCCAUAUCGAUGAGGGGCAAAAAGAUGAAUCAGUUGAAGAAAACUAUCUGCAAUCUUAUAAAUUUUCUUAACGAGAACGACAGAAUGGCUCUCAUCGGGUUUAACAACAGUGCUUAAAAUUUAUUUCCUCUUUCCCAUCUUACUCAGCAAAACAAAAAGAAAGUUACUCAAAUUUUAAAUAGCAUCCUCCCCAUGGGUCUAACAAAUAUCACAGCGGGAAUGAUGGAGGCUAUUAAGUAGUUAGAAUCGUCUUUGAUUAACAUAAGUACAGUUGCUGAAACAGGUGAAGGUGAAGAAGAUGAAAAAGAUACUCAUGCUCAAAAGGAAAAGCGCAUGCAGUAAGAAAUGUAAACUGAAGAGAAUAAAGAAAAAUACAAAGAUCUACUCUCAAGAAGUGAGGUUAUUAAACCUCAAAACGCUAUCGAUUAUGAUUUAAGUAAUUCGUGUAUAAACUUUGGUUAGAAAAAAGAAGAGCGUGUGAAGAGCAUCUUUCUACUGAGCGAUGGAUUGGAUGACAGAUGCGAUAAGAGUCUUGAAAUGCUCAAAGUCAGAAUUCAAUCAGUUCCUAUAUAAUUUAGCUUGAAUACAUUUGGUUAUGGUGAGUAGCACGAUGCUUAUCUCAUGAACGAAAUUGCAAGUUACAAAGAAGGUAAUUUCUACUACAUAGAGGAUAUUGACAAAACUGAUUUAUAUUUCGCUGACGCACUAGGCGGACUUUUCUCUGUAGUAGGUAAUUAGCUCGAAUUCGAUUUUUCUUUGUGCAGCCAAGCUCUUCUUGAAAACAUUACAAUUUCUAAAGUGUAUGGAGAUAUGUGGAACUAGACCAGUGGUGGUUUUAAUAAUGCUAAUGAGCAAUCAUUUAGCAAAUAUAGUUCUAACUAAAGCAAUAAGUAUAGUUUUAGAAGUGAAUCGCCUUCAAAAAUCGCUAAAAGUAUCUUAGAUUAGGUAAAUCACCGCAGUGAACAGCAUUCUGCAGAUUAGUUUAUAACUAAUAUUAAUAAUAAUCAAAAUAUUAUUAAUUAAAACUGUAAUAGAUUACAAUCUGAUAGUAAUAACUCCUAAACAUCCCACUUUGCUAAUUAAAGCAGCUUUAAUAAAAAAUCAGUCAAUUUAACAGCUGAUUUCACUCCUGUUAACGCAAUCGUUAAGAAUCGCUCAUUUAAUCUAAAUUAAAUUUAUUUCGGAGUAUCUAAACAAAUUUUGCUUGAAAUAACUAUUCCCUCCUAGUUGAAUUUCCCUAACAAUCUUUAAUAAAGCGAUUCUAUAAACAAUAAUUUCGAAAAUGAUUCGCAAGGCACAAAAGAACAGUAUGGAUAAUUUAAGAAAUUUAGUGAAUGCUUUAAAAAUUAAGUUUUAGCAACAGGAAAACUAAAAGUUAAGGAUUUACAUGGAUAAAAUGUUGAGAAAACUGCUCACUUGGAAGUUAUAAUUUUGGAAGAAAAUGAAGAAUUAAAUGAAGAAAUCCACAUGAGCAACGAAGAUGUUGAAAUUAAUUACCUUAGAGUGCAAUGCGCUCAGGCCUUGUAAGAGGCAAUGAAUUCCGCCCUAAAAAAUGAAUUUAAUGAAAGUUAAUCGAUUAUUAAUAAAGCAUUAGAAUAGUUGUAGAAAUCAAAGGUUUCAAUCCAAAAAGCUCUUGCUAAUCUCUAAAAAGAUUUAGAAGAAUGCUUAGAAGCUUUGAAGCAAAAAAUAUCUCUCCAGUAAUCGUCAAAUCCUAACUCUCAGUCCUAAUUAUCCUACAGCUCCUCCCACAGUACAUAAGAUUAAAAAGAAUGCGAGUAAGAAAAAGCCCAUAACAUCCGCAGAGCUUUUCUCUGUAAAAGUAGAGCCUACAUGGAAUAAAAGAGUGUUAUGAUUAAUCUUGACGAAUAUUAAAACAGCAUUCAAAAGAACAUCAAAAAAUAAAUAGAAAUUCAAAACCAAAAGAAAGUCUUUUCUGCCGAAGAAGAGGAGAAAGAAAAAGAAACAGAAAAGCCCGUCAAAGCCAAAAAAAUAUUGAUUCCUCUUCAAAGAAAAAAGUUCUCCAGCAUGAACGUUGCUAUGAACGAAAUUUCAUCAAUUGAUGAAUAAAAAUGA